AUGCAAAGAUACAAAAACAAACGAAUACAAGCAAAAACAAACGAGAUAAACAUAUACACAAAAUAUCCAGGCAGCUACUUUCAAAAACCGAAAAAAGUCAUAACCACAAACAUCGAUGACGAUCCUGAUGACGAUGAUGACCUACUUUCGGUGCAGCACGUGACCUCGGCGAGCAGCGGUUUCCGCUCAGAAGAGAGCGCUUCCGGCAAACGCCGGAAAAAGAAAAAUCGCAUCAAAGAUGGCCGACGAAAUCACGACAGUGACGUCAUUGAUGGGAGUAGUGAUGGGUACUAUUCGAAAAUUUCUGAAAACGAAAGUUUAAUUUUUUUGAAAUAUGAAAUAAAUCAUUCUGUGGUUGAACUCCCACUGGAUCCAGUGAGGACUGGCUCUUUCUUUUUUUGGGAGAAAUGUUUUUAA